GCCGCUGAGGGGAAGCGGCGGCCAUGCGGCUGCGGCGCCGCUGAGGGGAGGCGGGCGGCCGGCCAUGUUGGAGGGAGGCGGAGCGGCGGCCCCGCUGAGGGGCGGCGGCGGCUGAGCAGCGGCACCUCCGAGCCGGGCGGCCGCCGCCUCUCCGCCCCUUGGGGAGCUUGCGGUGGCGGGGUGCUCUUGGUCGGGUAGCGUCCAUGACCUGCUGGGGUCGUGCCCGGAGUGAGGCAGGAGCGGGGCGCGUUGGGGUGGCCUCGCUGCCUCUGUGAGGCGCUGGAGCCGCCGCUGAGCGCGGCCUCCUGCCCGCGACCGCCGCGUGCGCUUUGGCCCCGUUAUUACCGUCAGGAAAAUAAAUUCUAUGAUUACAGGCUUGUGGCAGGCUGGAGAGAAAACAUCUUAGGUAAGCAACAAUAAACGACCUGGAGAACCACAAACAAAGAGCUCCGACUCUUUCUUCGACCAUGAUCAGGGUCAUGCUGACCGCAGGGAACCCGAGAGAGCUGGAUGGGCUUGGAGGGCCCUCCCACCCAAACCAUUCCAUGGUUCUUCUGUGGUUCUUUCAGGCCAGGCUGGCGUGUGGCGACGUGGAGGGGCGGCUGGAGGCGAUCUUCGGGCGGGUCCGCGCCAUCCAGGCCAAGAGCGGCCGCUUCGACAUGCUUUUGUGUGUCGGGAAUUUCUUUGGCUCGACUUGCGAGGCAGAGUGGGCCGAGUACCGCACGGGGGCCAAGAAAGCUCCAAUCCCAACCUUCGUGCUCGGUGCCAACAGCCCGGACACGCUGAGCUACUUCCCCGACGUCAGUGGCUGUGAGCUGGCUGAGAACAUCACGUACCUGGGCCGCAGGGGGGUGUACAGUGGCUGCUCGGGGCUGCAGGUCGCCUACCUGAGCGGCACCGAGGCGCCGCAGCAGCCGGCGCCCGCCCACUGCUUCAGCGCCAAGGACGUGGCCGAGCUGAAAGCCUCCCUGCUCUCAGCCCCACACUUCAGGGGAGUGGACAUCUUGCUGACCUCGCCCUGGCCCAGAGACGUGGGCACUUUUGCCAACAGCGCGGGAGAAAUAGAUACCAAGAAGUGUGGCUCCAAGUUGGUAUCAGAUCUAGCUGCAAGUCUCAAACCAAGGUACCAUUUUGCUGCCCUGGAGAAGGCCUAUUACGAAAGACUCCCUUACAGGAAUCACAUGGUGCUACAGGAGACCCCACAGCACGUCACCAGGUUUAUUGCCCUUGCUGAUGUUGGCAACACAAGCAAGAAAAAGUACCUCUAUGCCUUCAGCAUCGUGCCCAUGAGCUCCAUGGACCCUGCAGAGCUGGUGAAGCAGCCUCAGGACGUCACCGAAAAUCCCUACCGAAAGCUGAGGAAGGAGGCUCCCAAGAGCAAAGCCCCUCUCUCUGCAGAGGAAGAACCAGCCUGUCAAUUUUUCUUUGACUUGAACAAGCAUCAGGGAAAGAAACGUCCCUCAGAUGGGAAAGAGAGAGGGGACUCCCAACCUAAGCAAGCCAAGAAACCCCCUCAGCCCACAGGGCCCUGCUGGUUCUGCCUGGCCAGCCCGGAGGUGGAGAAGCACUUGGUUGUCAGUAUUGGCACACAUUGCUACCUUGCCCUGGCCAAAGGGGGUUUGUCCCCUGACCACGUCCUGAUUUUGCCAAUUGGGCACUAUCAGUCAGUGGUGGACUUGUCUUCAGAGGUGCUGGAAGAAGUCACCAAGUACAAGGCUGCCCUAAAGGAAUUCUUCAGGAGCAAGGGGAAGAGAUAUGUCCUGUUUGAAAGAAACUAUAGGAGUCAGCAUCUGCAGCUACAGGUCAUUCCUGUCCCUCUGGACCUCUGCACUUCCGAGGACAUCAAGGAGGCCUUCAUUACACAAGCACAGGAGCAGCAGAUUGAGCUGUUGGAAAUCCCAGAGCACUCGGAUAUCGCGCAAGUGGCUCAGCCGGGCACGCCGUACUUCUACGUGGAGCUGGACACGGGGGAGAAGCUGUUCCACCGCAUCCGCGGCCGCUUCCCGCUGCAGUUCGGCAGGGAGGUGCUGGCCAGCGAGGCGCUGCUGGCGCAGCCGCAGCGCGCGGACUGGCGGCAGUGCGCCGCCCAGCGGCCCGAGGAGGCGGCGCAGGCGCGCUCGUUCCGCGGCGCCUUCGAGCCCUUCGACUUCUCCCUCCGCGCCUGAGGGGCGCUG